UAGCAGCCUAAAACUUUACCGCCAUUAUUAGGUAGACGAAGCUUGAAGAGAAAAAAAUCACUUCUUGGAACAAAUUAAUUGAAAUUUUCUGUUUUUUAAUAUUUUUAAACUAUUGAACAACUAAACGAUAGAAUAUCAGUAUAAAAUUUCAAGUUGAAGAAUUAUGUUCAAGUUUCGCCCAAUAGUGUAGCAGCUUUCAUAUUGAUCGGUAUAAAGUGACCAAUAGCAGAUCAGGAACUAUAGCCCAGUUCGUCAUAGCGCGGUUGACUCAGCAACUCAGCAAGUUCACACCUUCCCUCCUUCACUCACAUCGAAGGACCAGUUGAAGUCGCAUCUCCAACUUCUUUGGCUUUCUUGUUGACUGAAAUCUAUUAACUUUUACUCAAUAUGCGUGAGUGUAUCUCAAUCCACGUUGGCCAGGCCGGAGUCCAGAUCGGUAAUGCCUGCUGGGAGCUGUACUGUCUGGAGCAUGGCAUCCAGCCUGACGGACAGAUGCCGUCAGACAAGACGGUGGGAGGCGGUGACGACAGUUUCAACACCUUCUUCAGUGAGACCGGUGCCGGAAAGCACGUGCCACGUGCCGUCUUCGUCGAUCUCGAGCCUACUGUUGUCGACGAGGUUCGAACCGGCACCUACCGCCAACUGUUCCACCCGGAACAGCUGAUCACAGGCAAGGAGGACGCGGCCAACAACUAUGCCAGGGGCCACUACACCAUCGGCAAGGAGAUCGUCGACAUCGUACUAGACCGCAUCAGGAAGCUGAGCGACCAGUGCACGGGCCUGCAGGGCUUCCUCAUCUUCCACUCGUUCGGAGGAGGCACCGGCUCUGGGUUCACUUCGCUCCUCAUGGAGCGUCUAUCGGUCGACUAUGGAAAGAAGUCCAAGCUCGAGUUCGCUAUCUACCCCGCUCCUCAGGUAUCAACAGCCGUUGUGGAACCAUACAACUCAAUCCUGACCACCCACACCACCCUGGAACACUCUGACUGCGCCUUCAUGGUUGACAACGAAGCCAUCUACGACAUCUGCCGUCGCAACCUGGACAUUGAACGACCCACCUACACCAACCUCAACAGACUCAUCGGCCAGAUUGUGUCCUCGAUCACUGCUUCGUUGAGAUUCGAUGGUGCUCUGAAUGUCGAUCUGACCGAGUUCCAGACUAACCUGGUGCCCUACCCCAGGAUCCACUUCCCCUUGGUCACCUACGCACCGGUCAUCUCGGCUGAGAAGGCCUACCACGAGCAGUUGUCUGUGAUGGAGAUCACCAACGCCUGCUUCGAGCCGGCCAACCAGAUGGUCAAGUGUGACCCCCGUCACGGAAAGUACAUGGCCUGCUGUAUGUUGUACCGAGGUGACGUCGUGCCCAAGGAUGUGAACGCAGCCAUCGCCACCAUCAAGACUAAGAGGACCAUCCAGUUCGUCGACUGGUGUCCCACCGGAUUCAAGGUUGGCAUCAACUACCAGCCACCCACCGUGGUGCCCGGUGGUGACCUCGCCAAGGUGCAGCGAGCUGUGUGCAUGUUGUCCAACACCACCGCCAUUGCCGAGGCCUGGGCCAGGUUGGACCACAAGUUCGACCUCAUGUACGCCAAGCGUGCUUUCGUGCACUGGUAUGUUGGAGAGGGUAUGGAAGAAGGUGAAUUCAGCGAGGCUCGUGAGGAUUUGGCUGCCCUUGAAAAGGAUUACGAAGAGGUCGGCAUGGACUCAGUCGAAGGAGAAGGCGAAGGCGCAGAGGAAUACUAAGCCAAAGAAAGCUUUUAAAAAAUGAGACACGAAUAUAAAUCGCGUUCUCAAUUAUUACAACAGUCAUUCAAGCAGACGAGUCAUUCAUGGAAUGUGUCGCCAGUAUUUUGUAUGCUAUUUUUACUUUUUUUAUUAUUAUAUGUUUCAUAAUUUGAGCAAAGUAUAUAAAUGAAAGUUGAGCAACCCUAA